AUGGACGAGACAGAACAUAGGAGGAACACUCGCUUCGGGUACAAAAAGUCCCGAAACGGAUGCAUCCGAUGUAAACAGCGCCGAUGCGAUGAAGAAGUCCCGUGUACAGCUUGUAUCAGACACAAAGUCCGCUGUAGUCUCGAGCUGUCUGAGGCAGAGCAACGGAGCCUUGCGCCCCCACGCUCCAGUCCUGCGUCUCAGUUAUCGCCGGGCUCUUUGUUAUUCCAACCUCUUGACGAAGCCGACUGCUGGGUAUCAACCGCUCAGCUGAUGCUCCACUACACCACUGUCACAUACAAGACCAUGUUCUUUUCCGAAAAUGCCGUCGCCACAUUUCAACGAAUCAUGCCGCAAGAGGCUCUCGCAUAUCCAUUCUUCCUCCGUCAAAUAUUAGCUUUUUCCGGCUAUCACCUCGCCCAUCUUCACCCCGAAAAGAAACAAUUCUAUCUUUUGCAAGCAUCAAAGCACGUCAACUCUUCAUUACGCGGUAUCAGAGAAGCACUCUCUGAGGAAGUCACCUCCAAAAACUGCCACGCUUUAUACGGCAGCACCACAUUCGUCGUGGUGAACAAAUUUGCUGCAUUUCCCAACUGCGACGACUUUCGUAGUCACGAAUGUUCAUUGCCAGUUCAGAGUCUUAUGGAGAUUUUCUCUCUUGUUAACGGCAUGGAAGCCGUGUUGAAGUGCCCAGGCGCUGCGGAUCUCCCCAACGGUCCUUUGAAAGAACUUUUCUGCGAAACGGAACAAAUCCAUGCGAUAAGCCCUCUUCUAAGUGGUCUAUCUGAACGUUUACCCGAGCUUGCCCGCAGGAUAUCAACCGAUUUUAUGGAAGAUAGGUGCCGUGAUACUUUGAUAUCAGCCGUGCAAUCCAUCACGAGUUGCGUGAACGAUUCACUUGGAGAGCUCAACAAAGCGUCACCUCCAGAGUUGAGGAUUAUUUUCUGGUGGCCUAUGACUGUGUCGCGAGAUUUUUUGGACCUAGCAUUGUCUGGAAAUGCGUUGGCUCUUGUGAUACUGGCCUAUUAUGAUAUUUUGCUGCACUGGGGUGAGUCGCAGUAUUGGUUCUUUGAGAAUUGGGCCGAGCUUCUUAUUACUGCCAUUGCGGACAAGGUUAAGGGGUCGUCGUGGGAGGAUUUGUUGAGCUGGCCUAUUGAAGUAAUCCUGCAUGAACAGAACAUGAUAGAUCGAGAGAUCAGACAGUAG